GGAGGCACAGGGACACGAGGGGAGAGGGGCACGGGGGGACGAGGACGGGGAGGUAGGGGAGAUCCCCCCUCCCUGCCCCUAUUCUCACCCGCGACAGGGUCGCCAGGACCCCUCUGCCCCUCUGCGCAUCCCGGCGGCCGCCCCCGCUUUAUCCCCCCGCUUUGGGGCGCACCGGGGCCGCCGCUCGACCCGGGGGGCUUCAGAUCGGCUCUCCGGCGCGGAUCCCGGGCACGUUUUAUUGUUUUCUUUUUGUUUUGUUUUCAGCAAAACACUAUCAGCAGAACAAUUCCAGCACCACACCCCUGUUAUCAUUUAGGUAACCUCCCUGUUUGAAAUAUUUCAAGUGGAUAAUAAAAUAGUCAUCGUAUCCGCGCAAAUUCCCGCAACGCGGAGCGGGGAUACUCCUCUCGACCGCCCCCGGUGCCCCCCCCGCCUUGUGCCUCCCGUGGGGCCGGAGCCGGCCGCGUCCCGCAGCCACCUGGUCCCGGCCCGUUCCCCGCUCCGCCCCUCGGGGCUCCACGGCCCCAUCCCUGGCCGCGGCAGAACCGGUGGCAAAAUAAGUGGGGAAGGCGCUCCAGGGGAGCGCCGGCAGCGCGGGGAUUUUCCGUGCCCCCGCCGCCGCCGGGGAUGCUGCGGGUGCCGGGGGCUCGCCCCGCUCCGCCGGCUGCUCUCGGCUGGGCAAAGCCCGGGAGAGAAGCGGCACGUUGCAUGCGGGGAGGCAGAGCCAGGGGAGGAGCGUCGGGGCCGGAGCGAACGCAUAAAACCGGCCCCAGGUGCUGCGCAGCCCCGGGAGCAGGCGACAGCCGCGCCGUUCAACUUCGGUCCCCUCCCGGUGCCGGCCGGCGCGCAGCAGCGGUGCUGGUCCCGGCCCCGGUGCCGGUCCCGGUGCCGGUCCCGGUCCCGGCACGGCGGCCCCAUGCCGCCCGGCACCCCGGGGCCAGCCGGGCGCCCCGUCGGUGCAGCCCCGGGGGCGCCCCCCGCCGCCACCCCGCGGGGUCCCCGCCGCUUGCCCCCGGGCCGUGCCCGCAGGAGGAGCCGAGCUCUCCGCCCGGGGGGGAUCGCUGUGAGCCUCCUCGCCGGCAGGUGAUCCGUUUGCCAUUUCUUGUUACCCUGCUUCCCACCUCCCCCGCCUUUCUUCCCCCCCGGCUGGACAACUCCCUCCUUUGGAGAACACGCCCAAGUAGCUGAAGAAGAGAGAAAGGGAGGAAAAAAAAAAAAAAAAAAAAAAAAAAAAGGAGAGCGAGCGAGGGAGAUAGUUAACAUUGAACCUGGGGGGAGCGCCCGGAGCCGCCGGCGCUCGGGAGGAUCCCGCAGCCCCAUACAUCGCCGGCAAUAAAGCGCUACGUGUGACAGGCAUACAAAUCCGGCUAGAGGGAAAAAGAGCAGGCGAGAGGGGCAGAGCCGGCGGACGGGCGGUGCGGAGAGCCCCGGCCCAGGGCCAUGGUGAGCGCCCCCGGGGGGUCCCCAGCGCGCAGCGGCGGCGGCGGGCGGCGGGGGCUGCGGCGGGGGCUGCCCCGCUCGGCCGCGCUGCCUUGACCCGGCGGCACCCGGAGCGCACCCCGGGCAUCAUUUCGCAUGUUGGGCUGAGCCACGGCAAGCUGGGAAUAUGAACAGGAAAACAAGGCGCUGGAUUUUCCACAUCUUCCUGAGCCUGGGGAUUGUGUAUAUCAAGAUCGGGGGAUUUUCCUCGGUGGUGGCCCUGGGAGCCAGCAUCAUCUGUAACAAGAUCCCGGGGCUUGCCCCCCGGCAGCGGGCGAUCUGCCAGAGCAGGCCCGACGCGAUUAUCGUCAUCGGGGAAGGGUCCCAGAUGGGCAUCAACGAGUGCCAGUUCCAGUUUCGCAACGGGCGCUGGAACUGCUCAGCCCUGGGAGAGAGGACCGUCUUCGGGAAGGAGCUGAAAGUGGGUAGCAGAGAAGCGGCGUUCACGUAUGCCAUCAUUGCUGCUGGAGUAGCCCAUGCGAUCACGGCUGCCUGCACGCAGGGAAACCUGAGCGACUGCGGUUGUGACAAAGAAAAACAAGGACAGUACCACAAGGAGGAAGGAUGGAAAUGGGGAGGCUGCUCUGCUGACAUCAGAUACGGGAUAGGGUUCGCCAAAGUCUUUGUGGAUGCCCGGGAGAUUAAGCAGAAUGCGCGGACGCUCAUGAACCUGCACAACAACGAGGCCGGGCGGAAGAUUCUGGAAGAAAACAUGAAGUUAGAGUGCAAGUGCCAUGGGGUCUCGGGAUCCUGUACCACUAAGACAUGCUGGACAACCCUGCCUAAGUUCCGGGAGCUGGGCUACAUCCUUAAGGACAAAUACAACGAAGCAGUUCAGGUCGAACCAGUGAGGGCAAGUCGCAACAAACGUCCGACCUUCCUCAAAAUAAAGAAGCCACUUUCUUAUCGCAAACCCAUGGAUACAGAUUUAGUGUACAUAGAAAAAUCUCCCAAUUAUUGUGAAGAAGACCCCGUCACCGGCAGCGUGGGAACACAGGGGAGGAUGUGCAACAAGACAGCCCAGCAGUCCAAUGGCUGCGACCUGAUGUGUUGUGGGCGAGGUUACAACACGCACCAGUACUCGAGAGUGUGGCAGUGCAACUGCAAAUUUCAUUGGUGCUGCUAUGUUAAAUGCAACACAUGCAGUGAAAGAACAGAAGUAUAUACCUGUAAAUGAGUACGUGGCUGGGCAGGCUGGCUGUGUCCCUGGCUGCGAGUACAUUUGCACAUGCGCUCAAUGUACCUACACGAGACCGUAGCAAAGAUCUGCUCUCCCAGAAGAAACGCUGAUGAAUGGAUCCCUGUCUUUUCUUCUCAUGUUUCAUUGCUUAUGUGGAUACACAUUUCAGACUCUUAAGAAAGUCAGCCAAGAAACAAAAAACACCCCCCUCCCCGCCCCCCAGCCCCCUGACACACAAAACAGAGAGAAGAGAUCAUUCAGUUAAUCUGCACCUCUGAAGCAAGAAGCAUUGACUGCCUUGGGAAGAGACACCAGAGAAAAAUCUCUGAGCAUGACAAUGAACUCGGUUUGGAAAAAAAAAAGAUGGUCGAAAACUUGUGUGUAUAAGGAGCAGGGUGGGGUAGGGGAAAAGUCCUCAGCCAUGGGCUUUGCACAGGAUGGGAUGGACAGUGCCCCAUCGUGAAGCGCCCAUGUGAGUGUGCAGAUGACACAGAUUUAGGCUUCUACACUUCUGAAAAGCUUCUGCCGGUCUUGCCCAUCUUUUCACUUCAUACCACUUGCUACAGCGAGUAGAACUGUUGACAUGUUCUGUAGACACUGCUUUAUCUGCAUUUUGUGUGUGUGUGUGCUGCAGAUUUAGCACAGGGAUUUGGGACACUUGGGCAUAACAAUAGCAAUAUUUAACAAUUUAUUCAGAUAAAACUAAUAUUAAUUUAUUUAAUUAAAAAGAACUCUACCAACAUUUUUUGAACUAUUCUGCAAUUAAAGUAGAUAGCUUGCUUUCUUUGUGGAAUAAUUUUGUAGAAACAGCAAGGAAAAACUGGAGUUGUAUAUAUUAUUCUUAACUAGGAUAUUUCUACUAGUUGGACUUGCAGGAUGUGUUCUACAGUACUAGAUGUUUAAGUGCAAAAGCUGACAUCUUUAUAUAUAUGUACAUACACAAACACACUGUUUUUUUUUCGUUUUUAUUUUUUAUUUUUCCUGUUUGCUGCUAGUUGUCUGGAACAAAAGUCAAGUGGUAGGGGAUGCAAAUCUUUACCAUUUUUUUUCUUCAAUUAAAGAAAGAAGCAUUAAUAAAAUCUUGUUUGAAAUAUGUCUAAAAAUAAGAAACUCCAGACAAACUUCCAUCUUUUGGAAAAUCAACCAUAGGAUAAGAGAGUAUAUUUUGUAAGAGACUAUUUUUAUAUAAAUAUUUUAUUUAUACUUCGUCUGCUUGUUCAACCUGUACUUUUUCUCAAAACAGGCAUACAAUUUGUAAUUCUUAGGCUAUUUAACAGAGAAAGGGUAAUUAGUUUGUGGACACAACAGCAGCAAGCUGGAUACAUUCAGCUGCAAUUGGUGGAUGUGUCAGAAAGCAGAUUGAACUUUCUCUCCGGAUGUGUGUACAAACUGGCUCUUUUCCUGCAGUUCAUUUUGCAGAAUAUGCAAAACAAGAACAGGGUAUGUAGCAUCAAUCUUGUCACAUGGCUUGAAUUCAUGAUUGGCAUUAACUGGAUGCUCAUUUAUCCCAUUCAGGAAAAAAAUCCAAAUUAGCUUCCCACAUGCAUCAGUCAUUAAACUCUGGCGUUAUGACUAGCAAAUGUGCUGUGUGUGCUGUCAGUUAAACCUCUAUAUUGUGUUACUGUCAAAUUUGAUUUUAAUCACUGAAGACUGUAGACUAUGACUGUAACAACUAGCAUGAUACACGUCUGAUUCUCAUAGAUAGGAUACAACGCUUACUUUUUGUCCAGCUCUUUUUGGCAUUUACAUUAUUCUUAAAAGGCCAGAGCUCAAAAAUCCCCCCAAAACCCACCAACAACCCACAAUCAAAAAACAAAAACAAAAACAAUAGACAAAUGUAGGCUGCUCAUUUGUUUUUCAGAGCCCAGUUAAAUCUUCUUGUGUUCCCUUUACAGUAUUUCCUUUUUCAUCACUGCUAAUUUCUCCGGAUAUUUGAGGGGCAAAUGUUUUUUCUGAUUUUGGAUUCAUUCUGUUCCUCCUGCUAGAUUCUUUUUUGGCUGAUAAAAAAAAGAAUCCAAGUUUAACAUCGUCUUUCAUUGGGUAAGAAAGAUGACGCGGAGCUACAGAUGAUACUGUAUGUUCUAACAGGGACAGACCAGAUUCUUCCAUUUCCCCAUGACAGGACCUCAUGCCUUUACAGAGGUGUCGGUAAAGAAAACAAACCAGUAGCCAGCACGCAGUGCAUUCACUGACUCCUCUAGAUAAGAGCAAGCAUUACAAGCAGUAGGCAAUAUAGAUAUAUCUUAGGUCCAAUCGUCUUUCUGAGGCAAAACUCCUACCUAAGGCUGCGAAAGUGGAGAAAACUGUCAGCAAACUUUCUGAGAAAAAGGCAUCCAGAAGUACUACAAGAGAUGCUGCAGUUUCAGCCUGAUAGCCUGACCUUUUGGAAGCUGCCUGAAUGUGCUGCAUUUUUUCAGACUCGCUUCUUGCAUAUGUUCAUGUAAGAACACAAGCCCAAGCAGUACCUGAUCCUGCAUAAUUAGGAUUAAAUAUACAGUUUCUUUGCAGACCUGCCACUUAACACAUCAUAUAAUUUUUAUGUAAUUCAGACACCAGCAUGAGAUAUCAAAAAAAAUUAUUAACAUAACUUACAUUCAAAGGUAUGACUUGUCAAUAUAAAGCAAUAUAAAAGCAAUUUUUUCUUGGAAUUGAGUCACUGCUUUUAGUUCUUCUAAAUACCACGCAUUGAGAAAUGACAGGACAUAAAAUGUAAUGAAGUACAUACAGUAUGGAUGUUAAUUACAACACUGUGUUAUGGUUAAAAAGCUCAGUUCUAACGUUUGACUUUGGAAUCCCUCCCCCUCAGUUUGGAUUUUUUUUUUUUUUUUAAAUUAGUGGAUAUAAUAUCAUCAUCAAAAGUGUGUUUUCUUCACUGAUUAUAGUUAUUUUACAAAUUAUUACUUUCACAGCAUGUUUUACUAUAGGAAACCCACCUGUACAAUUUCUGCUUCCCAUAUAUUUCAAUAUGCAAUGAUGUGCAAUGGCCAAUUCUUGAAGGACGAAUAUCUUUAAACAGUUUUACUCAUAUAAUAAAGAACUGGAUGUGUGGUAAAAUUAAUUUGGUACACACUUGCCUAAUAUUUUACAAUACUGCUGGUGAUCUGUGCAUUACUUAGAAAAAAUUUCAAUUUUAUUGAUAAUUGAGAUAUCACUUUAGGAUAACAAUAAAUUAUCUAUUAUUUACCUAUAAAUUAAAGAGCAAGGAAAAACAAAUGCUGUAUUCAGCUAGAAAGUACUUGGAAAUUUGGUUGCAUCCUCUUAGAGAAGAGGAAUAUGGCCCAUAAGAACCUGCCAUGAGUCUGGAGUUAAUUGGCUAUUCCCUAAACGUGCUUGGAUGGCAUGAAGAAUAAACAGGAGAGGGAGAAAGAUUUAUGAUUUUGUAGAUAUUCCACCCCCCAACAACAGUUUGUUCUUUGUCCUCAGGGAUAGAAGAGCUCUGUUUUGACUUGGUGAAGAACCACACAAUGGGACUGAAAUGCACACAACUGCAGAACAAUACAGCUCUCAAAAGAAAAUAUAUCUUUUCAUCUCCGCUAACCAAGGGAAGUGCUGGAUUGCCGGUCACAUUAAUAACCUAGCAGAGGCUUUUAAAUGAAACAUACAUUCAAGAAGCAGGAAGAGUAAGAGGAGUAGGAAGAGUAAGAGAACAAACAUAACUACAAGUUGGGAAACUUAUUUACGAAAUCUCACUUCCUUAUUCAAACCCUGAUUCAUGGAAAUGAUACAGCUCCACACUGGGAUUUCUAAGCAAGUUUUAAGGAUUUUACCUUUUGGCCUUUUUUUUAAAGGAGAACUAACUUGAAUGCAAUUAGCUUGAAUACUUGAAGUAUCUACCCAAAACAGUCAAUGAUUAAGUUUUCUUUGCCAUGUAUGCACAAACCUAAUGGAGAUAUGUCUUUCAAAAGUGAUCAUUAAAUGAAAAUCAUCCUUCAAAUGUA